CGGCGAAGGCUGCGCGCGACAAGUGGUGCCGAAACCCGGGAAGCCGCCGAACCCGGGUAGAGGGACAGCUUUGAGGACCCCGACUGCUCGUCGGAAAGAGGAUCCAAGCCAGUGACCUGAGAAACUCCGGAGACUUUUCAGCAAGGACCAAGAAAAUCCGAUUUGGGUUCCAGCGCGGCUGACCAGAGUGGUCAAGCAAGAUGAGCCUGAUCUUAACCCUGAUCCUGAUCUUGAGCGGAGUGCAGAUGGACCUGAAGGUGGAGACCCAGGAGAUCCGCUGGGGGAUCCUAUCAACAUUCCCACGACCAAUGCCAGUCAUGUAUGAUGCACAAGUCUUCCCCCGUUUCUUUACCACCAAUGACUCCAUUGGGCUACCAUAUUUGCCAAUGUCUCAGGACAUAGCCCCUAUACCAGACAACAACACCCAGCCAAAUAACGGCAGUCUUUGUUUUACAACCAACCAGACUCAUGCUGACUCAUGUAUAAAGCUAGGAAAUUUUUCUUAUGCCAAGUUAGGAAAAGAGACCAUCAGGAAUCGUACAUCUUCAGCUAAUGCUACGGUCCUUUUUGGAUGGUGGCCACAGCACGGUUCAUCUUAUGGGAGCAAUGAACGAAAGCACCAACCUCAGUACGCCCCCUUCUGCACUGGCCGGCAUGCGGACUCUUCAAUUAUUUUCCCAUGGACGGGCUGUCAGAGUCGCAGAGCGCAUCUGCUCGAAAAUGGACUCUUUACCUUUUCACCCUUGGAAGGGUAUGGAAAUUACACCGAAAUGAGUCCCUGGAAUUACCCCACCAAUCCCUUUAAUAUUUGGCUGCUGUGUGGUGUUGGUGGCAGUUGCACAGAUCUCUCACCCAUGGUCACCAUUUUGGGUGGAGCGACAGCUACUACCACUCUGCUUGCAAAUGUCAGACCUGGAUCCAUAUCCGCGACGGAAUUAGGAGGACUAAAGUCGGUGGAGCCCACCCCAGUUUGUGUUUGGCCUCCAUUUGUUUGGACAGUAUGCUCUGUGUUGGAAUGCUAG